UUAUGCAUUAUUAUAUAUUUUUUAUCUUAUUCAGUAAGACUCUAAAGUCUAAAAACGGUAAGUUUGAACAAUCAUGACAUGAAGAGAGGUUUGAAAGUAAUUCUACAUGUGUUAUUUCAACAAAAUUAUCUUAAAUUUUUACAUCUAAAUUACGCACGUAUAUAAUAUUCUCUAAUUAGCCUAACGAUUGUGAUAAGAGACGUAAAAACCCGAUUACGCGAUGGAGAUACCACAUUGCACACAAGAGAAGAGUAGAAUUCAAAGAACAGAAAAAGCUGCGGAACAAGAUAAAAACGAUAAAGAAAUCGAUAUCCAUAAAUAUUCGGAACCAUGCAUGAAAUCAAUAAAGCGAAGCGACAUGUUUGACGAGCUGCACGUCAGAAAAUCUCGUAAAAAACAUUGCGAUUGGAUGAAAUCCAAUUCCGAUACGUAUUGUCCAAAGUUAUCUAAAAAAUAUUACAUGCAUGAAAAAACUUUCGAUCGUUUGAAAAAAUAUGUCAUAGAUGAACCGAGUGUUUCUGACUUGCCGCAAGAAUGCGAGACUUUAUCAAGGAGUGUCGCUGCACCAAAGAAACCGGAAAAAAAGGAAAUCAAACUCGAAAAGGAUGAUUAUUAUACAUCGCUACGUCGACAGAGAGCCGAAUUUCGGACACAUCUGAUUCGAAAGAUUAAAGGACCGGAAAAACGACAGGAAAUGUGUCAAAAUUGUGUAGCAAAAAAGAGAAUAGUUUUAGACGAUGAUGAUGACGAUGAUGUUUGCGAACGAACUUCGAGCAGCGAUAUCGCUGUUCAGGACUGGCUCACGGAAGAAGACAAGAAUCUUUUGAGGUAUUAUUACUACAUUCUUCAUGAGGUCGAUGAUGUUUACGCAGGCACCUUAGAUUCUGACACGUUAAAGAAGAUAACAAGCAUGGUGUCUACUGAAUGGCAGGAGAGACACAAGGAAUGUUUCGAUCAAUUGAUCCAGGAAUUGAAAAGCGACUAUAUUACGAGCAUGAAAAAGUCCAUCGUUGAUUUUGCGCUACAGGAACCUUUUGAGGAAGCGUACAGUAUCUGUGCACCAGUUUCAAAGAAGGGAAAUUUACCAUCGGCGGACGAUCCGCGAUAUAAUAAAUUCUUUAAUUGCCUUGCUUAUGUCAUGGAGGAUCAAUUACGAGACUUGUGUUUGCGUUCAAUGGAGGACUAUAUCGACUAUCUUACUGACGUGGGUUACACAAAUUGUGGCUUUAACAUAGACGUUGUGGUGAGAAAUACGUCUAUCACUUUUGAUCCCACAUUCAAUACGUUCGUAAACGGACUUUCAAUGUUGUUGAAUUCUUUUUACGACGCUGUAACUACAUUACCACGAGCGGAGAUAAAAUUGGAGUGGGUUUAUCCUGAUACUGGUGCGCCUGAAUUGCUCAAGCCAAUAAUUUCUUCAGAGCUCCUCGAGCAGCACGUAAACAUUAUAUCAAACUUAAUUCAACAAUACAAAACUGAUCCGGAAUUACAACUACGCGAAUUUGAUAAAUAUAUGAGCUUAAUAAACGGCGAAAAUGUUCAGCAAAUUCAGGACUUUUUAAAAGCACAACCACCUAAUCCAUAUGAAAAAUAUUGCGAAUUCAUCGAUUAUUACGAUCAACUAAGCAAGAAUGUACGGCUAGAAUUUUAUUGGACGUCUUUCACCGAACUCUUUGAAGUUCACAGACAUUAUAUUAUUGAACAUAUUGCUUCUACAGCUGCUAAUUUAAAGGACGAAUUAAUCUCAAGAAUGGUUGCCGAUUAUCAGCAAAAAGUUCGAUCUAUAGGAGAUGUUUAUCAAAACAUUGCGGAUCAUGCAUUAAGUAUACCACCCAAUACAUCAGAACUCAUGAAAUUGCAAGCUUUUAUACAUAAAUCUGAAACAGAAACAGUUUUUGAAUUAGAAACUCGAUUGAGAGAAGUAAUGAAAUAUAUAAUAUUUUUAUCGGAUUAUCAUCAUUUAACGCCGGUCGAGUUGAAGAGCAACAAUUUUGCUUUCCAUUGGUAUCACAAAAUGCCUGAAAUUUUCGAAAAGCAUCGAGAGAUAGUUGCAAGUAAAACAGGCGAAUAUCAAGCGACGCUCAAAGCUAGAAUCGAAAGAUUCGAGCAGGAUCUUCAAAUUUACGAGAAACACUGCAACGAGUUACAAUACUGGGGUAAUAUCGAGGAGAUACAACGAUACAAGAAGAAAGCUACGAGUCUCGAUAACAAACUGGUCGCUGCUAUGGAUAUAAUCGCCGAAUUCAACGACGAGGAGAAAUUAUUCGGCUGGGAAAUUUCACAGUAUCCCUUGAGGAAGAAGGUAGCCGAGAAAUUGACACCUUACAAAAAAUUCUACGACAUCGCCUGCGAGUUCUUGACUAACUAUGAAAUGUGGACGGAAGCUAUGAUAGGUUCUUACGAUCCCGAAAUGAUUGAAAACGAAACCGGUAUCGCGUAUCGUACGGUGUACAAGCUGGAGAAGGCCUUUCAAGAACCCACGGUGAGAAAGCUGGCGGAAAUUGUGAAAACGAGAAUCGAGGAAUUCAAGGAGCACAUGCCAGUGAUAUUAACUCUCGGUAAUCCUUCCCUGAAAAGCCGUCAUUGGGAGCAAGUCUCGGAGAUUGUUGGGUUCCCGAUAAAAGUCGAUCAAUACAUGACGUUGGCUAAGAUUCUCGAUUAUGGAUUAGGCGAUUACGUGGCGAAAUUCGAGACAAUAUCCGAGGCAGCCACUAAAGAAGGCAAUCUGGAGAGAGCCUUGUUUAAGAUGUAUUCCGACUGGGCGGAUAUCGCGUUCAUUGUUAAUCUUUAUCGCGAUACUGGCACAUAUGUUAUUGCCAGUGUGGAUGAAAUACAGCUAUUACUGGACGAUCACCUGACGAAGGCCCAGACCAUGAAGAAUUCUCUGUACAUAAAGCCAUUUGCGAAAGAAACUCUGGAAUGGGAAAACAAAUUGCUCUUGCUGCAAGAUAUCAUGGAUUAUUGGCUAAAAGUUCAAGCGACGUGGAUGUAUCUUGAACCAAUUUUUUCAUCACCCGAUAUACAGCAACAGAUGCCGGAGGAGAGUCGACGAUUCAGUGCCGUAGACAAAAUUUGGAGAGAACUUAUGACAAUCGUUGCUGCUGAUCCAGCAGUCAUGAUUGUUGUCGAGAUCGACAAGAUGCUAGAUCGCUUGAAAAAAUGUACCAAUCUGCUUGAAUUGGUGCAAAAAGGACUUGCAGCUUACCUAGAGAAGAAAAGGCUCUUCUUCCCACGAUUCUUCUUUCUUUCUAAUGAUGAACUCUUAGAAAUAUUGUCCGAAACCAAGGAUCCCACACGAGUGCAGCCGCAUUUGAGAAAGUGCUUUGAAGGCAUUGCAAAGUUGAGCUUUACCGAGAAUAUGGAGGCCAUAGCAAUGAUAUCAUCCGAAGGAGAGGAGAUUGUUCUUGAAGACAUAAUCGAUACGGCCGCUGCACGCGGACAAGUGGAAAAGUGGCUCCUCGAACUUGAAACUGAUAUGAAAAAAAGUGUGAAAGCUCAGGUGAUACGCGCUAAAAAUGCUUUCGUGACUAAAGCUAGAAGUCAAUGGGUUUUGGAAUGGCCGGGUCAGACCAUUCUUUGUGUUAGCAAACUAUACUGGACGGCAGAUGUUACUAACAAGCUUCCGAAGGGUCUUGAAAGCUUAAAAGAUUAUGUGGAAAUGUGCACACACGAAAUUAAUGAAAUCGUUAAGUUUGUUCGUGGUAAAUUAUCAAUACAGAACCGGACGACUCUAGAAGCUUUAGUGACGCUUGACGUUCACAGUCGCGACGUCUUGGCGCAAUUAUUCGAGCAAGGUGUGAAUCAGGUCACGGACUUUAAAUGGCUUUGUCAACUGAGAUAUUAUUGGAUGGACGAAGACUUGCACACAAUGAUGAUAAACUCUACACUGGCUUAUGCAUAUGAAUAUCUGGGCAAUACGUCGCGGUUAGUAAUAACACCACUCACCGAUCGAUGUUAUCGCACUCUCUUCGGUGCACUUAGUUUACAUCUUGGCGGUGCACCGGAAGGACCUGCAGGAACAGGAAAAACGGAGACCACCAAAGAUCUAGCGAAGGCGGUCGCCAAGCAAUGCGUUGUAUUCAAUUGCUCGGAGGGGCUGGACUACAUCGCCCUGGGCAAAUUUUUCAAAGGAUUGGCUAGCACAGGUGCGUGGUCCUGUUUCGAUGAAUUUAAUCGUAUCGAUUUGGAGGUUCUGUCGGUUGUGGCACAGCAAAUCCUAACUAUUCAACGUGCUAUACAUGCGGAUAAGAAGACUCUGGUAUUCGAGGAUACGGAAUUGAAGCUCGAUCGUACCUGCGCGGUAUUCAUCACGAUGAAUCCGGGAUACGCCGGCAGAACAGAAUUGCCAGACAAUCUCAAGGCCUUGUUUCGACCAGUAGCCAUGAUGGUACCGGAUUACGCGUUAAUAGCGGAGAACACGCUGUACUCAUAUGGAUUCUACAAUGCAAGACCUCUAUCUGUAAAGAUAGUUAUGGCUUAUAAAUUGUGCUCGGAACAAUUGUCCAGUCAGAAUCAUUACGACUACGGAAUGCGAGCGGUAAAGUCUGUCUUAAUUGCAGCAGGAAAUUUGAAAUUGAAAUAUCCGCAGGAAAACGAGGACAUCUUAAUCCUGCGCAGUAUCAAGGAUGUCAAUUUGCCCAAAUUUCUCAGCGAAGAUAUACCCCUAUUUCACGGUAUUACCUCGGAUCUUUUUCCAAACGUGCAACUUCCGGAGCCGAACUACGUGCAUUUAAACGCAUCUGCGUCUCAAGCGUGCACCGCCGCGAACAUUCAAUGUGUCCCGGUAUUUCUCGAAAAAAUUCAGCAGAUAUACGAAAUGAUGUUGGUCAGGCAUGGAUUCAUGAUUGUCGGGUAUCCCUUUGCCGGCAAGACCACGGCUUAUAAAAUGCUAGCUGAUGCUCUUGAAAUUUGCGAGGAGAAGAAUUUGAUAAACGAGCGCAAAGUAGAGAUGACGGUGAUUAAUCCGAAAUCGAUAACGCUGGGACAGUUGUACGGACAAUUCGAUCCGGCGUCUCAUGAGUGGUCUGAUGGCAUUCUGGCUGUCAGUUAUCGGGCUUUUGCAACCUCGACGAAUGACAAUCGAAAGUGGUUGAUCUUUGACGGUCCGAUAGACGCGAUUUGGAUCGAGAGUAUGAAUACUGUUCUUGAUGACAAUAAGAAACUGUGUCUGAUGAGCGGGGAGAUCAUUCAGUUGGCACCGACGACCAAUUUGAUAUUCGAACCAUUGGAUCUGGAAGCAGCUUCACCGGCCACGGUAUCUCGUUGCGGCAUGAUUUAUAUGGAGCCUGAAGCGUUGGGAUGGGAGCCUUUAUUAAAUUCUUGGAUAGCGAAAUUACCGGAAGUGAUAGACGAAUGGUUGAGGACCUUCCUAUACGAAUCGUUGUUCCUCAGAUUUUGUAAACCUCUCUUUCAUUUAUUACGCCGUUGCAACGUAAAGGAAAUAUGUCCGAUGCCUGAUUCGAAUCUUUUACGAUCCAUCACUUAUCUCAUGGAUUGCUUCAUGGAUGAUUAUUAUAACGAAGAAGUUGUAAAGAACCUAAGCGAGCUUGAUCUGCGAGCACAGAUAGAGGGUUCGUUCUUUUUUUCGUGCAUUUGGGCGAUGGGAGGCACAUUAGAGGCCAAGUACAGGGAACAAUUUAGCAUUUUAUUUCGCGGGCUUCUGGAGAAAGAAUUUCCACUCGCCCUAAUGAAUGAAUUUCAGUUACAAGAACUAGUUCCACCGCCUUUGAAACCUUACAUCUUUAUCAUGCCGAAGCAUCAUCUGGUAUUCGAUUACAGAUUUAUCAAAGAGGGCAAAGGAAAAUGGAAACUAUGGUCGGACGAGUUAAUAUCCGCGCCGUCGAUUCCUCGUGACAUCCCAGUCAAUCAGAUAAUUGUGCCGACAGUAGAAACGAUACGAUAUACGGCGCUCUUUCAGAUGUUGGUCCAACACGAAAAACCAGUGCUCUUUGUGGGUCCGACUGGGACCGGAAAGUCCGUAUACAUAAUCGACUUUCUGCUGAAGAAAAAUAACGCUGCGGUGAAUAGACCAUUAUUGAUCAAUUUCUCCGCGCAGACGACCGCUAAUCAAACACAAGAUAUUAUUAUGAGCAAAUUAGAUCGCAGACGUAAGGGUGUCUACGGUCCUCCUAUAGGAAAACGCUGGAUCGUCUUCGUUGAUGAUGUCUCGAUGCCGCUGAAAGAAACAUUCGGAGCGCAACCGCCUAUAGAAUUGCUACGACAAUGGUUGGAUCAUUGGCAAUGGUAUGACAGGAAGGAAGAGACGAUGAUAAAAUUGAUCGAGAUUCAAUUAAUGUGCGCCAUGGCUCCGCCAAUUACCGGAAAAGAUGUCACACCGCGAUUCAAACGGCACUUCUUCGUUCUGGCGAUAUCCGAAUUUGAGGAUGACGUUAUGAUUACGAUAUUCAGCAAAAUCGUUUUGUGGCAUCUUGAUACGAGGGGUUUCAGCAAAGAAUUUGAUCCGUGCAUUGAUCAACUUGUUCUCGCAACGUUAGAUAUUUAUAAACAGAGCUUGUGCAAUCUGCUACCAACACCUGCAAAGUGUCAUUAUAUGUUUAAUCUUCGAGAUUUCUCCAAAGUGCUCCAGGGAGUGCUUCUAUCGGUUCCGGAAACGAUGCCCGCUCUCUCGAAUAUGAAACGAUUGUGGGUUCACGAGAUACUUCGAGUGUUUGGCGAUCGUUUGGUUGAUGAAACCGAUAUUAAUUGGCUAAUACAGCAAAUAGAUGUAACACUAAAAGAACGUAUGGAAGUUCCAAUGGAGGAGCUCUUCGAAGAUUUAUUGCCUAAAAAAGAACAAGAUAUUAAAAAAAUCACCAUAAACGAAUUACGAAAUUUGUUAUAUUGUGAUUUCAUCGAUGCCAAGGCGGAUAUACGCUUGUAUCAAGAAGUUAUUGACCUAGAACAAUUGCGAGAGAACGUCGAGACGUAUCUUUCCGAAUACAAUUCAAUGAUCAAGAAGCCUAUGAACUUGGUAUUGUUUCGGUACGCAAUCGAGCAUCUUUCGAGGAUAGCCCGUAUCAUCAAGCAACCGCGAAGUCAUGCUCUUCUCGCAGGAGUUGGCGGAUCCGGAAGGCAAUCUUUAACCAGACUGGCGUCGCAUAUUUGCGAUUACGACGUAUUCCAGGUCGAGCUUACGCAACAAUAUGGCAUGCAUGAAUGGCACGAGGAUAUCAAAACUAUUCUGAGAAAAGCCACUGCAACCGAGUUGCACUCGACUUUCUUCUUCAGCGACACGCAGAUUAAAGAGGAGAAUUUCUUGGAGGAUAUUAGCAAUAUGUUGAAUUCUGGAGAAGUACCCAAUAUAUACACGGCUGACGAGAAGACUGAGAUAUGUGAAAAAAUGAAACAUAUUGAUCAACAACGAGAACGAGCGUUACAAACAGACGGUAGCCCUGCAGCGCUUUUUAAUUUAUUUGUGCAAAUAUGCCGUGAUCAGCUACAUAUCGUUGUCACCAUGUCUCCAAUCGGCGACGCUUUCAGAAAUCGAAUCAGGAAGUUCCCGGCUUUAGUUAACUGUUGCACCAUAGAUUGGCUUCAGCGAUGGCCUGAAGAUGCUCUGCUAGCUGUCGCAACGAAAUUUUUAGCGACGAUCGAACUUACUGAUCAGGAAAGAAAAGCCAGUAUUGACAUGUGUCAAUUUUUCCACAUGUCCACUGAAAAGUUAAGCGAAGAGUUCUUCGUUCGUUUAAAAAGACGCAAUUAUGUGACACCUACCUCUUACCUUGAAAUGAUCAACACCUUUCAGAGUUUGCUUGCCAAAAAACGCGGAGAAGUGUUGCACGUUAAAGCUCGAUACGAAGGCGGAUUAGGACAGUUGGACAGUACGCAGCAUCAAGUAACAGAUAUGCAAGAUAUAUUAAAGCAAUUGCAACCGAAAUUAAUCACAGCCACGCAGGAUAUUCAAAAAAUGUUAGCCGAUGUCGAGAGAGAGAGUCAAGACGUCGCGGAAUUUGAAAAAGUUGUCAAAGUUGAUGAAGCUGCGGCACAAAUAGUAGCGGACGAAGCAGCUGUGAUAAAAGCUGAAUGCGAUGCUGAUUUAGCUGAAGCUAUGCCUAUUUUAAAUCGCGCUCAAGCAGCCUUGGACACGUUAACAUCCGCAGAUAUUGCGGUGGUGAAAGUAAUGAAACAUCCACCGUAUGGUGUGAAGCUUAUUGUGGAAAGUGUUUGCGUUCUCAAGCAAAUAAAACCGGAAAAAGUGUCGACGAAGGAGGGCAUGCACGUUGAUGAUUACUGGAAGGCUGCCUUGAGAAUGCUGAGCGAUGCUAAAUUUUUGGACUCAUUGCUCCAUUUUGAUAAGGAUAAUAUACCGGAUAAAGUGAUAGAAACGAUACGAAAUGAAUAUCUGACUAAUCCAGAUUUCGAUCCGGAGAAGAUAAAGAAAGUCUCGACGGCUUGUGAAGGAUUGUGCCGUUGGGUCAUUGCAAUGUCAGAGUACGACACAAUCGCUAAGAUCGUCGCGCCUAAGAGAAAAGCUUUGGCAAAAGCUGAAGCAGUCUAUCACGAUGCUAUAGAAAAGUUAAACUUAAAGAGAGAACAACUACGUCAAGUGCAGGAAAAAUUGUUACAUCUUCAAGAAACCUUAAACAAGAAAAAGGCAGAGUUUCAAGCCAUGUCGGAUCAAGUGACGGACUGCGAGACAAAACUAAAACGAGCCGAGGAUCUUAUCGGAGGAUUGGGUGGAGAAUAUGCGCGUUGGUCCCAAACUGCAAAACAAUUAGGCGACAAAUACCAUCGGCUAACAGGCGACAUAAUAAUCGCUUCCGGCGUAGUGGCUUACUUAGGUCCGUUCACCAUGCCGUUUCGCGUGCAACAGAUAAAUAAAUGGAUGCAAUUGUGCACGGAUCUGCAAAUGAUUUGCAGCCACGAUUUUCAGCUGCGCGAGAUACUCGGUGAUCCGGUUUUAAUUAGAACCUGGAUCAUCGCUGGAUUACCCGCCGAUGCGUUUUCCGUUGACAACGGAAUCAUUGUUAUGAAUGCCAGAAGAUGGCCGCUAAUGAUAGAUCCACAGAGCCAAGCUAAUAAAUGGAUAAGAAACUUGGAAAAAAAGAAUAAUCUAAGCAUUAUUCGGCUGAGCCAGCACGAUUAUAUAAGGACCUUGGAAAACGCGAUACAAUUUGGACAACCGGUAUUACUGGAAAACGUGGAAGAAGAAUUAGAUGCCGUUCUUGAGCCGAUACUUCUCAAACAGACGUUCAAACAGGCUGGUGCAUUAUGCAUAAAAUUGGGCGAUACCGUCGUAGAAUAUAACACUAAUUUUAGGCUUUACAUUACGACAAAAUUAAGAAAUCCUCAUUAUCUGCCGGAAAUAGCUGUGAGAGUAACUCUACUGAAUUUUAUGAUAACUCCGAGCGGUUUAGAAGAUCAGUUACUCGGUAUUGUGGUCGCCAGGGAAAGACCCGACUUAGAAUCAGAGAAGAACAUUUUGAUCGUGCAAAGUGCUGCGAAUAAAAAAAUGUUGAAGGAGACAGAAGAUAAAAUCUUGGAAGUACUUUCUACAGCAAAAGGUAACAUCUUAGAGGACGAGGAAGCCAUCGAUAUCCUAAUGGUGUCUAAAAAUUUAUCCGACGAUAUCCAAGUGAAACAAGCAGCCACGGAAGUCACAGAAAAAUCGAUUGACGCCGCGAGACUUCAGUAUCAACCUAUCGCAGCCUAUUCAACUAUAUUAUUCUUUACGAUAGCGUCUUUAACCAAUAUAGAUCCUAUGUAUCAAUAUUCGUUGGUUUGGUUUGUAAAUCUUUACAAUAUGGCUAUCAGCAAUACGGAGCCAGCCGACACUGUUGAAAAACGUCUGAAAGACCUGACCAAAUACUUUACAUAUUUCCUUUACGUCAAUAUCUGUAGAUCGUUGUUUGAAAAGGAUAAACUACUUUUCGCGCUGCUUCUCGUUAUCAAUUUACGCGGAAUAAGCGAUAUGCCGGAAACCGCGAGUCAAUGGUUGUUCCUGUUAACCGGUGGGAUAGGCUUAGAAAAUCCUCAUGUCAAUCCCGCAGAAUGGCUACCUGUUAAGCAAUGGGACCAGUUAUGUAGAUUGGAUAAUAUCAAAGGAUUCGAAGGCAUCAGAGAAUCGUUCUCUAAAGCUAUUAGCGAAUGGAAAGAGAUAUUCGACUCGAGAGAACCGCAGAAGCUAUCUUUUCCUUUGCCAUAUAAAAAUAUAAAUUUGUUCGAACGAUUAUUAAUUCUACGAUGUAUCCGACCUGAUAAAAUGAUCUCGGCUGUACAAUUAUUCGUAGAAGAAGAACUAGGCACUCAAUACAUGGAAGCUCCUCCUUUCGAUUUGGUAUCCUCUUUCGCGGAUUCGAACUGUUGCAUUCCAUUGAUAUUUAUCUUAACACCUGGCGCUGAUCCAGCGCAAGCCUUGCUGACAUUCGCCGAUGAGCAAGGUUACGGUGCUAAGCGUCUCUUCUACUUGUCUCUCGGCCAAGGUCAAGGACCAAUAGCGGAAGGUCAUAAAAACGGCGUUCAACACGGUAACUGGGUGGUAUUGCAAAAUUGUCAUCUAGCCAAGAGCUGGAUGCCGACCCUCGAGAAGAUCUGCGAGGGACUGAUACCCGACACGAUUCACCCUGAUUUCCGGCUGUGGCUGACCAGUUAUCCAUCGGAACAUUUUCCCAUCACGAUUCUCCAGAAUGGCAUCAAGAUAACGAAUGAACCGCCCAAGGGACUCAGACCUAACAUCUUGAGAUUCUACACGAGCGACCCGAUCAGUAAUUCCGAAUUUUUCGAAGGUUGUAUGCAGAGCGAGUACUUCAAGAAGCUCCUGUACUCUUUAUGCUUUUUCCACGCUGUCGUGCAAGAGAGACGCAAGUUCGGCCCGAUCGGGUGGAACAUCCCCUAUGAAUUCAACGAGACCGACCUGAGAAUUAGCGUUCUGCAAUUGAAGAUGUUCCUCGAUGAUUACGAGGAUGUGCAGUUCGAUGCUUUAAAGUACCUCACUGGUGAAUGCAAUUACGGAGGAAGAGUUACGGACGAAUGGGACCGCAGAACGUUGAACACAAUCUUGGCAAAGUUUUAUUGUCCAGAACUAUUAGCCGAUGAAAUAUAUUACUUCGACGUAUCGUCCACUAUUUACUACUGUCCGAUUAUCAGAGAAUAUGAGGCGUAUGUCGCAUACACGAGAAAACUUCCGAUAAUUACUGAGCCAAGUGUAUUCGGCAUGAACGAAAAUGCAGACAUCCUUAAAGAUCAACGAGAGACAAACCUAUUAUUCACUUCGCUACUGCUCACUCAAGAAGCUGUCAAACCUGGUUUGAGACAAGCGUCUGAUGAUGAGGUGGUUUACAACGUCGCGACAGAAAUCUUAGAUAAACUUCCAGACGAUUACGAUCUUAUUGCAGCACUCGCAAAAUAUCCUACGUUAUAUAGCGAAAGCAUGAAUACUGUACUAGUGCAAGAAAUGGACAGAUUCAACAAAUUAUUACAUUGCAUCAGAAAUAGCCUCAUCAAUGUACGAAAAGCUAUCAAAGGUAUGAUCUCAAUGUCUUUCGAACUUGAAGACAUUUACGAGGCAAUUUUGAUGAGCAAGAUACCACUUUUGUGGAAACAAAAUUCGUAUCCGUCUCUAAAGCCUUUGGGUAGUUAUAUUAGUGAUUUUCUACAUCGAUUAACAUUUCUACAGAAAUGGUACGAUAAAGGACCGCCCGUAACAUUUUGGUUACCAGGAUUUUACUUCACGCAAGCAUUUUUAACCGGAAUACGGCAAAAUUACGCGCGAAAGUAUCGGAUUCCUAUAGAUCUUCUCACAUUUGACUUUGUAAUUCUUAAAGAAACUGUCUUUACAUCCGCGCCAGAAGACGGUGUUUAUAUUUAUGGAUUAUUUUUGGAUGGCGCAAGGUUUGAUAGAAAAAUGUGCGUAGAAGAGAGCUUCUCCAAAGUGCUUUACGACAAUGUACCCUUUCUGUGGCUGAUACCGAAGAAAAAGCAGGAUAUCGAGGAAAGGCGAUCGUAUACUUGUCCGCUUUAUAAAACUAGCGAACGUCGCGGGGUACUGUCCACCACUGGUCACUCUACGAAUUUUGUCAUAGCCAUAUGGUUGCCCACGAUAAAACCACCAGAACAUUGGAUCAUGAGAGGAGCGGCUAUGCUUUGUCAACUCAGUGAAUAAAAAAAAUAUUAGAUCACGUAAAUGUCAAUUAUUACACUUUUCCGUCUAAUCAUUGCGAUAAUAGAUUAUGUGUAUUUUAUUUAAAAAAAAAUAUAUUAUUUUCGCGUAUACUCAUUUCUUAUCGCAAAAGUUGCCAAGAAUAUUUUUUUCAUUUAAACUAAAACUGAAUUAGAUACAUAAAAUAAAAGUGAGGUAUAUGUAUAUCAAGAUACAAUAUGUAAAAAGCAGAUUAGUUAAUAAAGUU